AUGGCGGACCGCGCAUCGAAGCGAAUGCGCCGGGUGAGCACCGAGUAUGAAGAGUCGGAAGGAGCAGACGAGUGGAUGAAUAGCAACCGCUGCCAGCUCCAGCUCCAGCUCCCGCUCCAGCUCCAGCUCCCCUGCACCGCCAGCGCCAUGCCUCGUCUGCGUGCGCGCGCACCGCCAGCUCCUCUAACAGCUCCCAGUGCUACCCCCACGGCCUCUUCGACCCGCCCGCGACGGGGCACCGCAAACCAGUCGCCCGCCGCCGCCGUAAUCCAGCGCUCCUCGCCCGAAGAGACGCGCCAGUCCAUCCACCUCACCGUCAAAUCCUCCCCGGGAAAGCUCAGGCAGGCCACCAGCGGUGCCGUCCCCAAGACUGGAGUGAACAGGCAGAACAUAGUCGCCGGCAAGCGCGCGUCGCGGAGCAGUCGCAUAGUCCGCGAAAUCGACAGCGAGGAUGAAGACGACGAUGACGAGGAAGCCGAGGAAGCCGAUGCCAUGGAUGUCGACGACGACGACGACGACGACGACGACGACGACGGCGACGAAGACGACGACGUAGAUGCGGAAGGCGACGAUGACGAGGACAUGGAUGCCGAGGGCGACGAAGACGACGACAUGGAGGACGGUAGCCCGGCAUCCCGCAUUGUCGUGUCCUCCAAACAAAGCAUACCUGUUGCCAAACCAACCAUCAACAUCACCAAAGCCCAGGAUUCGGUCGAAGCAAAGGAGAUGGCCAUGGACGACGAUGACGACGACGACCUUAGCGAUCCCGACUCCGACCUUGACGAGGAAGACGCCGAGGGCGAGGACGAGGACGCAGAAGGCGAAGAAGACGACGAGCUGGUCGGACAGAACGGUGACCUUGACGAGGAAAUGGACAGCGACGAGGACCUCAGCCGCGGCCAAACACCCGACGUCACCAAAAUGACGAAGCGACAACGCGCGCUCGUAGAAGAAGGCAGCGACGGGGGCCUCAUGGCGCUCUCCAAUGAGGCCCAAAAGAAGAAGCACCUGACUGCUGAAGAAAACGCCAUGCGACGCGCAGAGAUGGCGCGAAGAAGGAAGAACCUCAGCGAGAAGCGCAAUGAGGAGGAAAAGUUGGACACUAUCAACCGCCUUCUCAAGAAACAACCUCCUAAACGCGGUCGCCGUGUUGCUCAUGACGAAUCGGGUCAAGAAGACGAUGCCGAGGUCGAGCGAGCAAAUCCACUCUUUGUCCGCUAUGUGCAGAAUGCAAAGGGCACUCAGCUUGGUGUACCCGACGAGUGGUUGCAAGCCCCAGUGGGUACCCUAUUCGCUGCAGACCUUGCACCCAAGGUCCAGAAACCCUUCACUGGCCGUAUGGUGGAAGAGGUGUCAUAG